AACGCAUAUACCUGCAGUACUAGUCUCCUUUCCAUUUGUUUGUUCAAGAGGUCAAAAUGUCCGUCGACGUGUUCAGGAAAGGUGGGUUCGACUUUAGCAAUGCACGGAGAAACGCGUUCCUCGAGGCAAAGGGCCUGCCGCUUCCAAAGGCAACAAGCACCGGUACCACUAUCGUAGGAUGCGUAUAUGCGGAUGGAAUCGUGCUUGGAGCGGAUACUCGUGCGACUGAAGGACCAAUCGUUGCGGACAAGAACUGCGAAAAGAUCCACUACAUCACAGACAACAUCCGGUGUUGCGGUGCUGGUACGGCAGCUGAUACUGAGUAUACGACCGCGAUGAUCUCCUCGAACAUGGCAUUGCACGCGCUCUCCACCGGGCGCCAACCGCGCGUCGUAACAGCAAUGACGAUGCUGAAGCAGUACCUCUUCCGCUACCAGGGACAUGUGGGAGCUGCGCUCGUAUUAGGCGGCGUGGACCCAACUGGCCCGCAGCUGUAUACUAUCCACCCUCAUGGAAGCACGGAUAAGCUGCCGUAUGUCACUAUGGGCUCCGGAAGCUUGGCGGCCAUGGCAGUAUUUGAGAGCUCAUGGAGGGCGAACAUGACCAGGGAGGAAGCCGUCCAGCUAGUGGCUGCUGCCAUCAGCGCAGGUAUAUUCAACGACCUCGGUUCCGGUUCCAAUGUCGACGUCUGCAUCGUCACGAAGGACAAGACGGAGAUGCUGCGAAACUACGAGAUGCCGAACCAGCGGGUGCAGAAAGAGCGCCAGUAUGGGUUUAGGAGGGGAACAACGGCGAUCAAGAGUGAGACUAUUAGGAGCUUGAUAACCAGUGAGACGGUUGUGCCGGUCGGGCAGUUGGUAACGGACGAGAUGGAUGUUUCAUAAGCAUAGUGCUUUGUGUUUCUGAGAUUCCAAUAUACAUCAUGAAAGU